AUGAGUCGAUACAACUACAAUCAAAUUGAUCUCGAAGGACACGCGAUUCGACUGCUCCGCCUUCUUCCCGGCUCCGCAUCUGACCAAAUAUCCUGCGAAAUCAUUCAAGCACGGCUCUAUCCAGAAGAAGAAGUCCUGCAGUAUGAGGCGCUAUCGUACACCUGGGGCUCUGCGAAAGCACCCGAAACCAUUACCGUCAACGGAAAGCUCCUUGCUGUGACGGAAAACCUGUACAAAGCUUUUCAACAACUGCGCUACCCCAACCAAGAGAGAAUCCUGUGGGUGGAUGCCAUUUGCAUCAACCAGGAUGACAAUAAGGAGAGAGGCCACCAAGUGCAGCAAAUGGGCGACACUUUCAAAAAUGCAGCGCGAGUUAUAUUCUGGCUAGGCGAGAGCACGCCUUUUAUUUCCUUCAUUGACAAUUUCAUGACUGUGUUUGGCAAACUGCAGCAGAUCAGCCUCGACUACCCUUACAGCAGCUGGACCCAGAACGACGAUAACUGGAUACACGUUUGGGCAAAUUCCAUUGCGCCUACUCUAGCAAACCCGGAAUCAUUCUACCGGCUGAAGAGAGGCCUUUGGCAUGUCCUCAAUCAGCCUUGGUUUACACGAGUUUGGGUACUGCAGGAAGUGACAAACGCGAGGGAAGCAUUGCUGUGUUGCGGAUCAAAGACUAUCGCGCCGUGGAUCUUGAACCUUGCUCCGCAGCUUCUUGAUGUACAGCCGGACUAUCACGAAGAGGCCGUCAUCGAGGUCAUGCCGGGGCCAUGGAAAGCGUCAUCGUGGUGGAGUGAAAACCAAGAUCUUUAUACACUACUCACGAAAUUCGGGGAUAGCCAGGCAACGGAGCCUCGAGACAUGAUUUACGCAUUGAAAGGCAUGUCUUCCGAUGCUAAAAAUGAGCCCAGCCUGUACGCGGACUACAACAAAUCGGAGCAACAAUUAGUUCAAGACGCCAUCCUAUUAAUGUAUCCCAUAAAAGUCGAUCACCUGGCAAUCAUUAAGCCGCCAACGACAGUCCGGGAUCUCAUCCAUGAUCUUAAAGGAAUAUGCAGGCGCAUUGCUUCCAAUUGCCACGAGAUAUAUUCUCGCGAAGACGUAAAGGCCCUCAUUCAGCUCAAGUCACCUCAAGUUCAAAGUCAAAUAUUCGUGGAAUUACUCUCCACGGAUGGCAAUGAAGACCUCGCCAAGCAUCUCCUCCGGGAUUGCGGAAUGCGAGUCAAAAUAAUCCGAAAGCACUUUCACACCAUAGCCUGGAGCAGGCUGAGCGCGGACAUGGCCGAGAUGGUCUUUCCUCUUAUAGACGAGGAUGCCAUCGCGACAAGACGUACUAUAAUCAUGGCGGCCAAGAACGAGGCUUGUGGCGAUAGGAUUAUCGAGUUUUUCUCUCUACACGGCACCGGGAAUCUACCGGUAUCAGACGAUUUAAUGAGAGUAGCAGCUUUAAACGAUGGCUGCGGGUGCAAAAUCAUGGAAAAGAUUCUUCGUAAUCAAUAUAAUCAUAAGCAUCUCCCAGACGACAUCUUCGACAAUGUGGCAAACUGGGGAGACUCUCGUAUAAAGAAACUGGAAAUCAUCGGCCGACUGGUAGACGACAACGACAACUUGACCAAAAGGCUGUUAUUACUCGCCGUCCGAAUACCCCCUUCAAGCACUCACGAUACUCGCCACGAAUACAAAAAUGCGAGUGUGUGGCUCACAGAGAGACUCUUGGUGCACCGCAGAAAGCUCUCUGAUACAACCGAGAUAUUACAGAGAGCAGUAGCCAAUUCCGCCAAUGCUGGAAAGCUAACGUCUCUUUUGCUUCUGUAUUGGGGGAGACAGAGUUUUACCAUUACGGAUGAUAUCCUCUGGGCGGCUGUGACGAACAACGAGGGUGGACAUGACGCGCUGGCGUUGUUGCUUAGGGAAAUGCGAAAUGAGAUGACAAUCCCUCAAACGAUGAUCGAUUUCGCCCUUUUGUCGAAGAAUGAUCGGAUUCGCCAAUUGUUUACGCAGUACUGCACCAAACAAUCUGAAGACCUGUCGGUUUCGAGCAGAGACCCUUCAGGCCCGGACAGCUUGUGA